CGCCCCCCCCCACCCCGUAUCCUGCUGGUCGUUAAGCCAACGUCAGCGGCUGUGAGGGGAAACGACACGGGCUUAUCACGUCGCGCUGAAUGGCUCCUUUUUCAUGAAAAACGACGUGAGGAGGAGGAAAAAAAACAAACCGAUCCGAGUGAGACAGGUGUCCUGGUGGUGAAGAGGCCAUUUCUUUAUGCGAGGCCUUCUGAGGACUGAGCAGACCAUUUGGACACUAUGGAUAGCUACGGGUUCUCCAGUCCAGUUCUGGGUGAGGACCGCUCCGUCAUGGCUCGCAUGCAGAAGAAAUUCUGGAAGACGAAGCAGGUGUUGAUCAAGGCCACGGGGAAGAAGGAGGAUGAGCACGUGGUGGCGUCGGACGCAGAUCUGGACGCAAAGUUGGAGUUUUUUCGUUCGGUACAGAUCACAUGUACAGAGUUGCUGAAAGUGAUAGAAAAAUACCAGCAAAGGAUCACACGCCUGUCUCAGGAGGAGAACGAGCUAGGGCUGUUCCUGCGCUUCCAGGCGGAGCAUGACAGAACUAAAGCAGGAAGCAUGAUGGAUGCCACGAGCAAGGCCCUGUGUACCUCUGCCAAACAGAGGUUGGCUCUUUGUGCCCCGUUGCAUCGGAUGGAGCAGGAGAUGGAGACGUUUCGGAGAAGGGCCAUCGCAGACACGCUGCUGACCGUGAGCCGCAUGGAGAAGGCGAGGACAGAGUACCGUGGCGCUCUGCUCUGGAUGAAGGACGUCUCCCAGGAGCUCGACCCUGACACCUACAAACAGCUGGAGAAGUUCCGCAAGGUGCAGGCACAGGUGAGGGGAACCAAGGUGCACUUUGAUAAACUGAAGAACGAUGUGUGUCAGAAAGUGGACAUGUUGGGGGCCAGUCGUUGCAACAUGUUAUCUCAUUCCCUCUGCACUUACCAGACCUCACUCCUGCUGUUCUGGGAGAAGACAGCAAGCAUCAUGUCCGGCAUCCAUGAAGCCUUUAGGGGAUACGUGCCGUAUAACUUCACCACCCUGAAGGAGUUAAGGGACCCACUGGAGCACCUUUCUGAAGGUCUGUCACUGGAGGACAGCACGGAAAAAGAAAAGCAAAAGAAUGCAGACAAUCUUGUGUCGCUGGAGGAGGAGAAGACGGGAAAAUCCGACCUUGAAGCUGGUUCUCUCACUGCUGUUGAUCAGGACAGAAAUUCAGACAGCUCUUUACCAGCCAGUUUAGACUCGGCUUUGUUUGAGCCCUCAGGCCCCAUCAGCACAAUUACCACAGAUGAUGACCUCUUACUCUUGACCCUUGACCCCAACCCCAGCCUGAGCCAUGACAUGACCCCAACUCUACCUUUACCACAGCUUCAGAGCCAACCGGAGGCUGCAAUGCCCCUGGCUGUCCAUUUGGAUGUGUCUCAGGGGCAAAGCAUGGAGUCCUUUGUCACGAUACCACUGAGUGAGAAGGCAGGCAAGGAUUUGCUCUCGGGCCUCGUGACGCAUUCUGGCCUGGAGGAAGAAGAAGGAGAGCGAGGUGAUCUGUCUUUCCUGCAGGAUCUGCUGAGCCCCGGAGCGUCCAGCGGAGCGGAUGACUUCAGUAAGGCGUGGCAGGACGCUUUUGGCUGCUUCGAAGCCCCUGCGAGUGCCCCCUGUUCCACACACACCGCUGCAGCGGGCAGCACCAACGCAACUCGCUCUCCCUCACAGCCCCCGAGUCCCACCGGAUUCCUGCCUUCACAGCUCCUCGACCACGGGCUCAGCACCACCGGAUGGAUGACUCCUCCAAUGUUUCAAACCCCUCCCCUUCAAGCCCCGCCCACUGGCGGUCAGGUCCCAGCUGCACAGAACAGCUCCAGGACACUGGAUAACGCUCCUAAAGGUGGAGCUCGGGACAUGUCUGCAUGGUUUAACCUUUUCGCUGACCUGGACCCGCUUUCCAACCCCGAUGCUAUCGGACGAAGUGAUGAAGAGCUGCUUAAUGCCUGAGGAUUGGUCUCCCCAGUCACUCUGUACAGAAGAAAAAAACACAGCUGGAUAUUCUUUGUGCUGAGUUUCACCAAGCCAAGGACACGGAUCCUGGAAAACACGGAUCAGCCGUUUGUCUGUAUAUCUGUGUGUGUGUGUGUACACAUGAUCACAUGCUAAUCUGCUUUACAUUUCUAUAGCAAGUUUCUUUUUUUUUAAAGAAAGAAAGAAGACUGCACUGUAUAUUGUGUGUAAAUUUUGUGAUGAUGGCUCUUCGUCAAGAUGAAGAUGAUGAAGAGCCACUGAGGGAUAUGAAGGUGUUGGAGACUGUGUUCUACACUGGAUAGCAAGUUUCACGUGUCCGUAAACAAUCACACACUGGAAAGCGCACGAGAAACGGAUCAGGAACUUGUGUUUGUAAAAUCAGCGGCAGGAUUGUUGACACUAUGCUCGCUACGCUGUCACACUGGAGGAAGCUUUGAUUUAUUUGAGCUAGAAUCAGGGAUUUUUCAUUCUUUUAUAAAGGUGAUAAAAACAUAUUCUGGCAAAGGAAAAAUCCCUGGUUACGGCUUUAAAUAAAAUAUAUUUAAAAAAAAAAGAAUUAUAAGUAUACUCUAUGUGGAACAGAAUCUGCUUUAAAAAUGAAUUUUUUGUACUUAUUAACCCUUUAAAGACCCUGCACUCUAAGAACCUGCUUUAAGGCGAGUAUGUGAAGUUCAAAGGGUUAACUGGAUGUAAGUGUGUGUGUGUGUGUGUGUGUUUUGUAUUAUAUAUAUAUAUAUAUAUAUAUAAAUCUGUUCUUUAUUACCACCAACAAUCUCUAGCAACCUAUACAGGGGAGUGCAAAAGUUUGUCUCCCCCUUAUCACUAAACUAUGAUGGUAAAGAUAUUACACUUCAUGUAUUUAUACUGUAGUUUAUUCAUCUGUGAAAUAUCACAUGUAUUUAGCAUGUAAUAAUGCUGUAUAUUAAUGUUAAGUUAAAAAAAAGAAAAGAAAAGAGAGUUAAAAAUCAUUUGACUAAAUAUUAGAAAAUAAAUAAAAAAGGGGGGGCACAAACUUUUGCACCAUCAGCCCGAGGGCGCAGGCUUCUCACAAAGCACCUAAAUCCACUCUGUUCUGUUAUACCUGGCUAUACAUUAUUGUGACAUCUGAAUUUUUUUAUUUUAUUUUAUUAUUUUUUGGGGGGGUGAUUGUCUAACAGUUGUAAAAGUAUUGGCACCCACCACAUGUAGGUUGUGUAUUUUUGUUUUAUUUUUUUGGGUGAUUUAUUUAACAGUUGUCAAAGUAUUGGCACCCAUCACCUAGUGGUUUUUUUGUUUGUUUGUUUUGUUUUAAAUCAGAUGUAUGCAAACUUUACAUUCCACCUUUUUUGCUUGAAUGCACAUCAAUACUUCUUUAUUCUGAUAUUUAAAAGAAAAAAAAAAUCUCUACAUUGCCUUGCACUUUUGUGUUUAAAAAAUCUUUUGAUUUAAAUAUAUAGUUUUUUUGUUUGUUUUUUUGGGACAUAAAUACAUAAAGAAUGUACACGGCACCAUUCACGGCUGCGUUUGACUUGAUUUUAUUUUAUGCAAUCGUCAAAUUUUUUAUUUUUAUUUUUUUUUAUUUUUUGGGAUUGAUGUAACAAUUUACAACGUUAUGGACAGAUGAGAUGAUCUUUACAGUGACUGUGACCGACGGCCGACCGGACGAUAAAAUAAACUCCUUAUAUAUAUAUAUAUAUUUGAUCA